AUGUUUUCCUCCCUGCAAGCUCAGCAGAAAAGGCCAAUUGGCUGGAGCCAGGAGGCAGCUGCGGAGCCGAAGGGGCAGCGCCGAGGAAGGUCUCCGCCGCGCCCGCCCACUGGGGGCGUUGCUGGGCGGGCUGGGUCCGCGUCGCGCUUUCGCUUCGCCAGCUGGACGAUUCCUGGAAGGCGGCGGCGAAAGGGCGGACGCGGCUGGCGCAAGUAUGGCACGUUGGCUGAGCCGGGACCCCGUGGACAUAGAGAAUAUCCUAGCACUAAACCCUCGAAGACAAACUCACGCAUCUUUGAAUUCAACUGCAGCAAAGAAACAUGAGAAAAAGCACUGGAAAAGGAAUGCAGAUAAAAGCUGCCCGAACUGUGAAAAGCUGGAAAAUAAUUUUGAUGACAUCAAGCACACGACUCUUGGUGAGCGAGGAGCACUUCGAGAAGCAAUGAGGUGCUUAAAGUGUGCAGAUGCCCCCUGUCAGAAGAGCUGCCCCACUAAUCUAGACAUCAAGUCAUUUAUCACAAGUAUUGCAAACAAGAACUACUACGGAGCUGCCAGAAUGAUCUUUUCUGACAACCCGCUUGGGCUGACGUGCGGGAUGGUGUGUCCAACUUCAGACCUCUGCGUGGGUGGAUGCAAUUUAUAUGCCACCGAGGAGGGACCAAUUAAUAUUGGCGGACUGCAGCAAUUUGCUACAGAGGUAUUCAGAGCAAUGAAUAUUCCUCAGAGUAGAAGCCCAUCCUUGCCACCACCAGAAGAAAUGCCGGAAGCCUACCAUGCCAGGAUAGCUCUUCUUGGAGCAGGGCCUGCAAGCAUCAGCUGUGCCACCUUUCUGGCUCGAUUGGGCUACUUGAACAUCACCAUAUUUGAAAAGGAAGGCUAUGUUGGUGGCUUAAGUACAUCUGAAAUCCCCCAGUUCCGGCUGCCAUAUGAUGUAGUACAUUUCGAAACUGAGCUUAUGAAAGACCUCGGAGUGAAGAUAAUUUGCGGCAGAGGGCUUUCGGCAGAAGGAUUGACGCUCAGUGCCUUGAAGGAAGAUGAUUACAAAGCAAUCUUUAUUGGAAUUGGUCUACCAGAACCAAAGAGAGAAGCUGUAUUUCAAGGUCUGGGAAUGGAUCAAGGAUUUUACACAUCUAAAGACUUCCUGCCAUUGGUGGCUAUGGCAAGUAAACCAGGAAUGUGCGCCUGUCGCUCUCCAUUGCCAUCAAUACAGGGAGCAGUGAUUGUUCUUGGAGCGGGCGACACUGCUUUUGACUGUGCAACGUCAGCUUUGCGCUGUGGAGCUCGUCGCGUAUUUGUGGUGUUCAGGAAAGGAUUUACCAAUAUACGGGCUGUUCCUGAGGAGGUAGAUCUUGCAAAAGAAGAAAAAUGUGAAUUUCUCCCCUUCCUUUCCCCUCGGAAGGUUGUAGUGAAAGGAGGGAAGAUUGUUGCUAUGGAAUUUGUUCGGACAGAGCAAGAUGAAGACGGAAACUGGAAUGAGGACCAGGAUCAGAUUGUCCGCCUGAAAGCCGAUGUGGUGAUCAGUGCCUUUGGUUCAGUCCUAAGUGACCCUAAAGUAAAAGAAGCCCUGCAUCCUCUCAAGUUCAACAGAUGGGGUCUCCCUGAAAUUGAUCAAGAGACCAUGCAAACGAGCGAACCAGGGAUUUUUGCAGGAGGUGACGUUAGUGGACUCGCCAACACUACAGUGGAAUCAGUGAAUGAUGGAAAGCAAGCUUCCUGGUUCAUGCACAAAUACUUACAGUCUUUAUACGGUAUUGCUGUUUCUACUGUACCCCAGCUUCCUCUUUUCUACACGCCUGUGGAUUCAGUAGACAUCAGCAUAGAAGUUGCUGGACUCCGGUUCCCAAACCCCUUUGGCCUCGCCAGUGCGACUCCCACCACAAGUUCGCCAAUGAUUCGCAGAGCUUUUGAAGCCGGAUGGGGAUUUGCACUGACCAAAACCUUUUCUCUGGACAAGGACAUUGUAACAAACGUUUCUCCGAGAAUAAUACGUGGCGUUACCUCAGGCCCCAUCUAUGGUCCAGGCCAAGGCUCUUUCCUGAACAUUGAGCUCAUCAGUGAGAAAACGGCGGCCUACUGGUGUAAAAGUGUCUCUGAGCUGAAGAUGGACUUCCCUGACAAAAUUGUCAUCGCCAGUAUCAUGUGCAGCUAUAAUAAAGACGAUUGGACUGAACUUUCCAAAGUGGCUGAGGCUUCUGGAGCGGAUGCCCUGGAGUUAAAUUUAUCCUGUCCGCAUGGCAUGGGAGAGAGAGGCAUGGGCCUAGCCUGUGGGCAGGAUCCAGAGCUGGUGCGCAACAUCUGUCGCUGGGUGAGGCAAGCUGUUCGGAUUCCUUUCUUUGCCAAGCUGACCCCAAAUGUCACGGAUAUUGUGAGCAUUGCGAGGGCUUCCCAAGAAGGUGGCGCAGAUGGUGUUACAGCCACCAACACCGUGUCAGGGCUGAUGGGACUGAGAGCAGAUGGCACACCUUGGCCAGCUGUCGGGCUGGGGAAGAGGACUACCUACGGCGGAGUGUCAGGAAAUGCCAUAAGACCCAUUGCCCUUCGAGCAGUUUCUGCAAUAGCUCGUGCUCUUCUAGGGUUUCCAGUCCUGGCAACAGGAGGCAUUGACUCAGCUGAGAGUGGCUUGCAAUUUCUUCAGAGCGGUGCUUCUGUUUUGCAGGUUUGCAGUGCAAUACAGAAUCAAGAUUUUACCGUGAUUGAGGAUUACUGCACUGGGCUGAGAGCUCUGCUUUAUCUGCAAAGCAUAGAAGAAUUUCAAGACUGGGAUGGACAGAGCCCACCAACUAUAAGGCAUCAGAAGGGAAAACCUGUGCCCAAAAUCGCUGACCUGGUGGGAAAGAAACUUCCUAGUUUUGGCCCCUACCUUGAGCAGCGCAAGAAGAUAAUAGCUGAGUCCAAAGUGAACAUGAUGGAACAGAGCACCCUGGUUUCCCAGCUUGAGAGAAAACAUCUUGUUCCUAAAAAGCCCAUCCCAGCUGUGAAAGAUGUAAUUGGAAAAGCACUGCGGUAUAUUGGAACAUAUGGAGAGCUCAGUAAUACGGAGCAAGUUCUGGCUCUGAUUGAUGAGGAAAUGUGUAUCAACUGUGGCAAAUGCUACAUGACCUGUAAUGAUUCUGGCUACCAGGCUAUACAAUUUGAUCCAGAAACCCACCUGCCCACUGUUACUGACAGUUGUACAGGCUGCACUCUGUGUCUCAGUGUCUGCCCUAUUAUUGACUGCAUCCGAAUGGUUUCCAGGACAACACCUUAUGAACCAAAGAGAGGCCUGCCCUUAGCUGUGAACCCAGUGUGCUGAGGUGAUCAGACCAGCAGUUAAAGCGAACCUUACAUUUACUUGAUUCUAUUGAUUUGCUAUCUAAUUAGUACCAGCAACAACAACUAUGUUAAAAAAGAAUUGCGGGGGGGGGGGGGCACCUAAUGAUGGGAGACUGCUAUAAUGUCAGCUGCAUUUUCCAAUUUAAAUUUUUUAUUUUUUAUUUAGCCUUCAGACCAGCAGUGGCUAGUUUAUCAAAUGUUAGCUAUCCUUGUCUUUCCCACCCCCACCCCCCAGAAGCAGAACUUUACUUUUUCUUUUUCUUUCUGCAAAUUCUUGGACGCUAUGGUGGCUUUGGUGAUUUCUUCCUCAUAACCCCCCACAAAAUUAGGAGAGGGGUCUCUCCCCGCUCCCACCAAAUCAGCUAAACCCCGACACGCAAACCAACUUUGUUACCAGGGAAACAUUUGGUAAUUACACAUUUCAUUUCCUUUUAAAACUGUUUUUUAGAAGAUGUAAUUAACUGCAAAACACACAAACAAAGCAAUGCAGAUUCAAUGUGUGUGUGUGUUUUACAGGAGGAUGUAAAAAGAGGUUUAAAUGGGUAUUUCUGAACUAUUAAUCAGUUUCAACGGCUGCAGCAUAUGGCACUGUAUUACCUUAAUUCUCCCUAAAUUCUGCUUUUGACUAGGCAUUAAAAACUAAAUUUGCAAAUACAA